AUGAGCGCAGGCCGACAGAGGGCCCAAGAAGGCAGCGAUCCAUCCCUCUUCCAAGCUUCCGCAUUAUUCACAUCCGACGCUCGGCUACCACCACCAGCAGAGACGCCAGCGGUCUUUCGGGGCUCGGAGAAUCAUGGGACUUGGUUCCAGGAUGGUACAGGAAGCUCCCAGCGGCGUGAUACUAGCAGCGAAACGGGGAGCGCCCCCAACGAGACUCGCGGAAUGGAGGGCAGGAAAGGCGCCGACGAGAAGAAACUACCCCCAACGCACCUAUCCCUGAAUCAUUACCUGAAAAGGGCCAGCUUUGGGGAGUUCUCGCCCCCAAUCACGGCCCGCAGGAGAAGCCUAAAUCCCAAGCCUGUGGUGCGCCAGUCACGAUGGCGCUUCUUCAGCGGAUGGAUCAUCCACGUCCCGGCCCUGGUCCUGACGGUUGGCGUCACCGUUCUGAGCCAGCAGAGGCUGUUCUGGUACCCGCCCUCGGGCAUUCAGAAUAAACGACUCAACUUGACGGCCGACGACCUCAACAACGUCCUGCAGCUGCCUGCCAAGGUGCACGAGUUCCUCAUCGUGGCGUCGCUGUCCGCAAUCGGCCUGAACAUCUUCCGACGGCGGCUGAUCGGGGACGGCGUCCGUCUGGGGUUCCUCACCGGGGGGUACCGGGUCGGUGACCUCGAGUAUCUCGUCAGCCCGGCGUUCUGGCGGCAGGGGUUCGGGGGGUUCGGCUCCUGGGAUCUCCUUCUCGCCGCGUACUUCGUGUUCGCGACGAUGCUUUCGGCCCUCGUCGGGCCGGCGUCUGCCAUCCUCCUCAUCCCGACGCCCGGCUGGUAUGCCAUGAAUCACGACCUGGCGUUCGACAACAUCACCAUGCCGUUGGUCUAUCCGUCGACGGCCGCCGGCGUCUGGCCUCGCUUCUUAAGCCCGGAUCAGGCUCCGUGGACGAAUCAAUCCGAUCCCUACAUUACCGACUGGGAAAAGUGCAAAGGCUCUCAAGGUCUGUACCAGAGGUACUGCCCGGCCGGUGGCUUCUCCGAAAUUUGGACCUGGGCCCAGAGCUUUGGCUCCAGCAACCUGCAGGCGAACGUCACUUUCCAAUCCCCAGCCAUGCAGCGAAACCUGAUUCUCACCUACUCCAACCGCUCGACAACGAUCGCUACCACUCCGUCCAGGUCCUUUGUGUCAACCGUUGGCUUGUUCAACAACUACAUACGGGAAAGCCCGGUCGGUGAAAUAUCGAACGGAGUUUACUACAAACUGGUGCCCAGGCUGUCGCACACGUCAGGGAAUCAGUCGCACAAGUCCAUCUACCAACCGUUGGUACAGUCCAAGUGCAAAGUCUACGAUGCGGAUAAGCUCCCUCCGGGACAGCUGCCAUACUAUCCGACCAAUUACUUGAACUGUUUCAACGAUUCCCUCUGCCAACAGCACAAGGACCUGCCCCAGAGCUUUCCUGUGACACGGCUGACUGAGUCACAGCGGGCAAAAACUCCGCCGGCUUUCCGCACCCAGGGAAGCUCGGUCGUCGUCAUCUCAGGCCAAGUCCCCGGCUCGACCGAUAUGGAAAACGACUGGAUCUAUGGCUGCAGUCUGCUCGCAACCUGGGUCGCGGCGAGCUACACCUUUGAUCCCUGGCUCAGCCGUACGAUCGAGUCCACCGUUAGCAGUCCUGCCGGGAUGCAAAGGAUUGUGAACGGAGGCACGCUGAAUGACGGUUACGUUAUAAGAUUCAACGACAGCUGGUUCCCGUACAUGGAUCCCCAUCUCAAUGAGACGGGGCCGGAUGGGGUCAUGGGGCCGACGACUGCUAUCCUUCGGCUGUUGAACCUGUUCACCACUACGGAAACUGCCAACGGCAGCGUCCCGGCCGUGCUGGCUCCGGUCGAGGCCAACAACAUCACGGCGGCUGAGAUCCUCUUGGAGAAGCUGUUCGCGACGUAUCUCACCGACAGCCUGUCUCGCACGGGGUCUCACAUGGGGCCGUAUCUCGUCCUGAAGCAGAACGAGACGCACAUAUCGGGCAUCGACCUGCUCUCGCAGCACGGCUACUUCGGCGGCGUCAACAGAAUCGACACGUUCAACGCUACCCACGUCCGGUGGCAGAGGCAGAACACCACGACGUACCUGAACGAGACCAUCGCGCGCCUGUCCAGCCGGUACCAGGGGUUCCUCGAGUUCGACUUCGACGUCCAGCAGUACGGCUACGGCUCGGGGGACCCGCGCACGACCCUGCGCUUCGCCGUGGCCGUCAUGUCCAUCUACCUGGCCACACUCACCGUCUACGCGCUGGUCAUCGCCUGCGCCCACGUGCUGGAGCACUACGACGUCGAGUGGAAGGGGCAGCCGGUGCGCGUCUGGAGCGUCCGGCCCUGGGGCACCCUGCAGGACCUGUCCGUCCUCGCGCUGCGGUCGCAGCCGCCCGCCGACGAGAAUCUGACGGGCCCCGGCAGCGGAGACGCGGGGUCGGGCAGGGUGUGGGAGAGGGUCGUGCGAGUGCGGGCGGACGACCAGCAGAACCUGCACCUGGUUAUGGACGAAUCCGUCCCCAUGCGGAGGGUGCAUCACGCAGGCGGCGUCAUGUAUUACUAA